AUGCUUGGUGGGCCUGCUGCUGCUGCUGAUGCUGCUACUAGUGGUGGGCCUGCUGCUGCUGAUGCUGCUACUAGUGGUGGGCCUGCUGCUGCUGCUGAUGCUGCUACUAGUGGUGGGCCUGCUGCUGCUGCUGAUGUUGCUACUAGUGGUGGGCCUGCUGCUGCUGAUGCUGCUACUAGUGGUGGGCCUGCUGCUGCUGAUGCUGCUACUAGUGGUGGGCCUGCUGCUGCUGCUGCUGAUGCUGCUACUAGUGGUGGGCCUGCUGCUGCUGCUGAUGUUGCUACUAGUGGUGGGCCUGCUGCUGCUGAUGCUGCUACUAGUGGUGGGCCUGCUGCUGCUGAUGCUGCUACUAGUGGUGGGCCUGCUGCUGCUGAUGCUGCUACUAGUGGUGGGCCUUCUGCUGCUGAUGCUGCUACUAGUGGUGGGCCUGCUGCUGCUGAUGCUGCUACUAGUGGUGGGCCUGCUGCUGCUGAUGCUGCUACUAGUGGUGGGCCUGCUGCUGCUGAUGCUGCUACUAGUGGUGGGCCUGCUGCUGCUGAUGCUGCUACUAGUGGUGGGCCUGCUGCUGCUGCUACUGCUGGUGGUGCUGCUGCUGUUGCUGCCGCCGCUGCUGCUGGUGCUGCUGCUGAUGCUGCCGCCGCUGCUGAUGAUGCUACCGCCGCUGCUGCUGAUGCUGCCGCCGCUGCUGCUGUUACUGCUGGUGCUAGUCCUGCUGCUGAUGCUGCUGUUACUGCUGGUGCUAGUCCUGCUGCUGAUGCUGCUGCUAGUGGUGGGCCUGCUGCUGCUGCUGAUGCUGCUGCUAGUGGUGGUGGUGGGCCUGCUGCUGCUGCUGCUGCUGCUGCUGAUGCUGCGGGUGCUAGUGGUGGUCCUGCUGCUGAUGCUGGUACUGCUGCUGCUGGUGCUGCUGCUAGUGGCGGUCCUGCUAAUGCCAUCAGUGGUAACUUUCGUGGCAGCCACUGUGUCCUGCUCAGUGGAAAGAAAGAGAGAUGA